CUAUGGAGACCAAGUCACCCGGAAUCCGUAUGACGAAGUCAACAACCCCCAGGUCAGUGUCAGGGCAUACUGAAGUUGGGGAUUGCUGAGAACAAGCUGACGGAAGAAAUCAUUAUCAAACGGGUGUGAGAAACAACACAUGACUGUUGAAGUCUUUGGAGUCCAUUAUCUUUCAACAUAAAAUUCAAAUUUUCUAGUAUCUGUAAAAGGAUAGAACGUAUUGCAGUUUUAAGCCAAAUGUUUUACAAGGGUGCAACGUGCUGCAGUUUUUAGCGCCAGUCAAACAAUUUGAUCUUAUAGGGGCCUACAUAUAUUUACAACGAUCAAAAUAAACUUGAUGUGUAAAUUUGGCACAAAUAUCAAUUUUUUUAUUAUUCUUACAUUGUUAUGUAACAUUUACAAUUGCAGCUCUCUGCCCCCGACAUGCAUGUAGUCACCCCUGAUAUGCUGUAUUAUUUUAACUACAUUGGCGAGAAGAGCUUCAGGAACGCUAUUGCCGAAUUUAUCACAGAAAGAUUCCACACACGUAAGCCUGUUGACCCAGACGAUGUGUUGGUCAUCAAUGGAUGUGGUACUGCCCUGGAACAACUCCCUGCUGCUGUAGCUGACCCCGGGGACUUCUUCCUGUGCCCAUCGCCCGUCUACAGUUCUGUCCACGCGAACGCAGAACUGAGGAUGAAAGUCAAGUGUUUCGAUGUGCCAUUAAAAAGCAAGGCAAGUGAUGCUGCAAUAAGGCCAUUCCAGCUUACGUUGGCUCAGAUAGAAGGUUCAUAUAACGAGGCAAUAAAACUGGGAUUGAAAGUAAAAGGCAUAUUCCUCAUAAACCCCUGCAACCCAACUGGAGAAAUCUGUUCUCGUGACCUGCUGACAGAAAUAUUAAACUUCGCAAAAAGUCGAUGUCUUCAUGUAAUAGUUGACGAGAUCUACGCCUUGUCCGUGUUUGAUUCAGAGGCCAGGUUCCACAGCGUUCUCUCACUUCCAGAUCUCCCAGACCCUCAACGCACGCACGUUCUAUGGGGAUUUAGUAAAGAUUUUUCGCUGUCGGGAUUUCGCUGUGGCGUGGUAGUCACGCAAAAUGUCCACAUCAAGGCCCAUCUGAAUAACGUGGCUUACUACCAAUGCACUCCGCCGAUACUACAGAACAUGCUCAGGAUUAUGUUAUCAGACAAAGAGUGGUUAGACCGAACUUAUUUUCCGACAAAACUAAAACUGACGAGAGAAGGGUUUGCGUCUGCUGUAAAAGAGCUUAGUGAUGUUGGCGUUAAAUGUCAUCCUAGUCAAGCUGCUUUCUUUUUAUGGGCCGAUUUUAGUGCGUUUUUGUCCAGUAGUGACCGAGAUGGAGAGAUGGAAUUGUUUCAGCGUUUCCUGUCAGCUGGAGUGUAUGUGGUUCCUGGAACAAGUAUGUUUUGUACGGAACCGGGCUGGUUCAGAAUAACAUUCACUUUGCCAAAACCGUACUUUCAGGAAGGAUUAAGAAGAAUUAAGACCAUCCUAAACGAAAGCCGGCAACAUAGGCCUAAGCCUCCAAACAUCUGAAGACUUUUCUGUAUGAUUUAUUCAUUCAUUGACGAUAUAUCCUAUAAAACAUGUUAAAUUAGUACUAUUCUAUAAAACAUUAAUGUUCAUUUAUUAUAUCAUUAGUUAACAUUAUUAUAUGAUAUCUGGGAAUACGAGGUCUGAUGAAACUCAACAAUGACGGACGACAUCGUUGUCUAUUUUUUUUACCAGUCAGAGAAAAACAAACAAAAGAUAGCAACUGUGUUGGAUGCCAGAAAUGUUGCAAAUUUUGAUGUUAUCUUGGACAACAGUGACAUUCAGAUAUUUCAUAAUGUAAUAAAACUAUAAUGUGAUUUGCUCUAAGUUAAUAUAUUAUGUUCAAGAUCUCAGCCAAAGUCAAUAAUUAUUC